AUGUACAUUAUAUGUUGUAGGGCGGAACGCCUUACCUGGGAACCAACGACCAGGCCGUCUUGUUCGGCGAGCUCUCUUCGCUGAGACGAGAGAAGGCCCUGCUCAGAGAGAAGGACUUACGGUUACAGGAGCGAACGAACCUCUUGCUAACGAUGACGAGGACGGCUCGCGGCGAGGACGGCAGCAGCAGUAACGGCGAACAACCCCCUGCCAAGGAUUCAGAGGCCGAAGACGAACGAAUUCUCCAGCGCGUGGACUCCUUCAGCAUACUGAUCGUGGUAAGCACGCUCGUCACGGGCUUCAGCAUCCCGUCCAUCGAACAGGCGCAGCUCGGCAUCACGAGGUCGAUCAUGACCCUGGUCUUCGCUCUCGAGAUGUUCGCCACGAUCUUCUUCUCCAUCAUUAGUUUCUACGCGAAGCAGGCCUUCAACUAUGGCUCGACCAACAACCAUCGCACCGCGAGGUUCAUGUACCACGUUCGAUGGAUCACCUUCAGCUCGCAGGCGUGCUACACGAUCGGUAUCCUCCUGUUCGUAGUGGGCAUCCUCCUGGAGGCCACCAUCGGCUACGACACGUACUGGGCGCUCGCGGGGGUGGGUCCCGUCGUUAUCCUGAGCGUGGUGUGCUGGUUCUCGGCCGCAAACGCCCUGAUCUCCCUGCGGAUGGGGCUGUGGAUGAACAGCCUUCUGCUGUUCGACGCCGAAUCGAAGCUGGUCGACCAGAAGCGGUCAACCUUCAUCCCGGCCCCUGCUUCGUUCCGGGAGUGGUUCGGCCAAAACGACAACAGCAGCCAGCCCUAACACAAGCAACGACCACAUUAUCAAUGCCAGCAGAAAAAUACCGGGCUUGGGGGGCUCCGUGUGUUCGAAUCGAUCGCUGUUCUUGACAGCUUGUUGGCGUUUGCUGCAGCGCUCACAGGAUUAUGUUCGGGGUGCCCACGGGAGGGUCCUGUAGACAAUAAUAAUGGCCCGGAGAAAGAGACGGCAUCUUCUGUGUGUAAGUGUGCAGCUCAACGCGAUUUUUUCCUGAGGGGCAAGCAAGGGUAGAUGUUGCGAGGGUUGGUGGCGAAAGUGAAGUCUGAAGUCAAGAGGGAAGGCCAACACGACAAUAUAUAGGCUGCCUUCUCUUUGCUCUCACCUACUGCAUGUCCUUACCGUCGAUGGGGAGAAAUAUGGUAUGGAAAGAGGCUGUCGAUUUCGCAGGGAGAGAAAAGUCAAGCAUGUUUGACAUUGGGGGACGACUUAGCGUUGUAGGCCCGAGGGCGUCCUGCUGUUGGUGACGUUUCCAGCGCACAGCAGUAGUUGUUGACCGAGAGAGGCACGGUAAAUGGCUGCGCUGGGCACCCUACGCCGCACACGCGACACUUUCGUCCAUCAUCAUGGACGGGCAUUGCCCUCCCCUUUCGUCGUUUGUGUUGGUGCGCAUGUAGACCCCACACGUGACCGCGGAAGAGCCCUCUCUCGCAAGCCUUCAUCGUUUCUUUGUCACAAUAGACUUGAGGGCGGGGCGCACUGACUCAAGCAACGUUUUGUCUAGCCAUUGUUCUGGGGGAGGAACAAACCUUGUAGGCUCAGGUGACUGUUGCGGUGUGCCGAUGGGUAAGGAGGAGCAAAUUCCGCUGGGGAUUGGAAGGCAGUCGCCGGAUGGAACACGUGCAAUCUCAUGUGUCUUGUCAUCAUGGUAGAUGUGGGUGGGUCUCUUGUUUUUUUCGUGUGGGAAGAGCUCCCCGUCUAUUCGAACGCCCAUAUGGGUGGUGUGGGGCUGGUUAUACGCCCAGCCUUGUUAACAACCUCGAAAGCUUCCGCCGCAAGCCUGUUAGUGCGACGGGUUGGCGGCAUGGUCGCGUAGUGUACAGUAAUUUAUUAAUGUUGACUGCUAUGGUGGUGGCAUACGUUUACAGCGUAGUUUUCGUCACGAGUGAGUCUGGCCGCCGGUCAAUGAACAAGGCGGGGGAGGUUCCCAACUCAGACGGCAUUCGACGUUGGGGGCGGGGGCGGGGGGGGUUGUUUUAUGUGUAGUGUGUUCUUGUUUUACAUAAAAGUGUGCAGGGUACGAAUGUUCAUUUGUCGGUGCGUCAAGUGAAUCGUGAUUUUUUUCUUUAUUGCGCAGGCAUUGGACCUUUGCUAGACAACUAAACAUGCAAGAGGAGCGGUAAGAUUAUGGCGCGUUCGAAGUGAACGGGCACCGCACAAGUGCAUCAUUUAGCAGGGGUCGUUGCAGCCCAGACACAGCUGGUAGCCCGAUUCUUGUAACGCUCCAUGUAGUAGCCUUUUUGGAGGACUACACGUGUCGUGGUGCUCUCUUGUGAUUGGAGUAUAUUUAGUGGCAAUAACAACAUGCCGUCAGUAUUCGAGUUCACGGUUGACGAGGGACAUGUGG